AUGCCUUACCAAGGCAAGCCCAACCCCGGUAUAUCCGGGCUACACAACAAGGCAGCCUCCCAAGGACACGACACAGACGCCAGACAAGACCUGCUCGCAGUGCACGUUCCACAGCAACUGCAGACUUGGGGGGAGCAUAUUGCUUCUGGAAACCCCAUACAAACAAUUCAUCAAACUCCCAUCAAUUUUUCCAGAGUAUCUGAGGGCCUGUACAGGAGCGGUUACCCCCAGACACCAGAUUAUCCAUUCAUACAAGGUCUGAAUCUGAAGACUAUUGUAACACUGGUCAACAAGGAAAUCCCAGAUGGAUAUCAGGCAUUCAUUCAAGAGAACAGAAUCACGCACAAGAUCUUCGACAUGGCUGGCACCAAGAAAGAGGAUAUCCCCAUCGAGCUGAUGCGUUCCAUACAUGCAGUGGUCUCCGACCGUGCUAAUUACCCACUGCUCAUUCACUGCAACCAAGGUCGACAUAGGACUGGAUGUGUGGUUGGCGUGCUUCGCAAGUCCAGCCAAUGGAACAUGAAACACAUCCUCAAUGAAUACGCAACCUUCGCGGAACCCAAAGUACGAGAGGUGGAUAUAAAGUAUUUGGCUGAAUUCGAACUCACGAAUCUGUUGUGUCCAUCACAAUCAGCAGCGGCGCCUACUACCGUGGGUCGAUUUUAUGGGUUUAUUAUUGUGACACUCUUGACUCUUUUUGCCUUCUAUCCUUUGAGCAAAUUCAAGGUCCAAGAACCACGCCCCAAAAACGACCUAAACCAUGAAGGAGUUGUACAUACUAGCUACAACGGAUGGUCACGUUGA